UUGUCUGGGAAGGCGCGCGGCGUACGAGACGCUACCGUUCUUUUAUUCUAUGACGCUACCACAGAAAACACGCUACCUUUUGAGUCGAAUGAACGCCGUGCGGGGUUUGUUGAACAUUAGUGUGUUUUUCUCACCCCGUCGCCUCCACGCAGCUAUCAAAGGAAAUGAUCUCGUACUCCGUAUUCAGUGUAUAGACGCCCUGUAACGGCCUGUUGUGCGAAACUUCGCGUACUGUUGGAGUCAUGGGGGCCUCUGGAGCUAAACUUAAGCAAUAUAUGGAGAACCUGGAGCGAAAAGUUGCACGACUGCAACGCUUUGACUGUGUACUCGAAGGCUUCACCAAGUUCCUGGGAGCUUUGCAAGAUGCCAUUGGAGAAACAACUGACGACCUGCACCAGUUUGACCAGUCACGGUCAGCAGACCUGCAGUCUCCAGAGGUUGAUAUUUCUCUGCAUUCUUCGAGCAUUGAGAGUCCAAGGAUGGAGCAGACUGUUAGUGGCGGCUAUGACUCGGCACUGGAAUAUCUUGAAGACUUUCUGGAGUGUGGAGAAAAAAUUGAAUUUCUUCAUGGACAUCCCUUCAAGCCGAAACCAGAUUUGGCUGCUGGUGCUGCAGAGCUGGCUACUUCAAUGUCUCAUUCUUCGCAACUCGAGACAUCUCAUUCUUCGCAGCUCGAGACAUCUCAUUCUUCGCAGCUCGAGACAUCUUCUCAUGAAAAGCCGCAUACAUUGAAACCAGACUUGGCUGGUGGCGAUGCAGGGCAGACUUCUUUGAUGUCUGGUUCUUCACAGCUCGAGGAUUCAGAUGAAACGCUUGGAACAAAUUCCAGCCAUUCUUGCACCCAGCCUCCUGCAAACUGGGAACCAGACUUCGCUGUUGGUGAUACAGAGCAGUCUGCUUUGGACGCUUACAUGGCAACACUCGAAACUGUUGGAGACCUAGUCUUGAGGCAACAACAGGAGCAAAGCACACAUAUUCGUCACCUUUGUCAAGGCAGCAUUGUAGCAACUCCUGAAAAUUCCGUGAAGACAUCCAUUAGAUGCUGGAUGGAGUAUGUCACGAUUCUGGAGCACAGCAGAAGAAGAACCAAGAGAAAAAAACCUUGGCGGAAAUUCAGGCUGAGUGCGGUGUGGGCCUCGAAGAACUGUCACAGUAGAAAAAUGCUGUUGGACAAUAGAGGCGAGGUCUGCAAGCAAAUAAAAGAUCACAUGUCGGGUCUUGAUCAGCAUAAAAGGGAGGAAGAAAAGUUGCAGCAGGACAUAGCCUUGCUUGAAAAGGUGACCAUAAAACUCUCAGCCACAAACAAGGAUUUCAUGGACAGAAUGCAUGAGACAAUUAUACAUGUCAAGACAUCCGGCGCUACAGAGCUGCAGGAGCUGAUGCCAGAACUUCAAACUCUUAACAUGAGUCUACAAGAACUACACACAGAAGCACGGGACUGUCUUGUUCCUUAUAAAAUGGCCACAGCCGCUGAGAAGCCACCAGCCUGCAUUGAUAUGAUGAAUAACUACAAAGUUGCAAUCCUCCAAGAAUCCCUCCAGUCCCUUGAGAACAGCCACCAGGAUCAGGAUGAUGCUGAUCUUGAAAAACUCACCAGCAAAGUUGCCAUGGCAGAAGCAGAAGUCAACACGGCGGCAAAGUGGAUCGUGGAGCGUGAUCCUGUUUCAGCUACAACAGAAGUUAUGCGUAGCUUGGCUGUCCUGAACAAGCGAUUAGAAGUUUUUUUCGUCAUCGACUUCCAAGUUGAGGGCCGCACCUUUGAACAGUGGUUACCAGACAUUUUGAGAAUAAUUAACUUGAAGUGCCGACGUUGACCAUGCUUCAAAGGAUCUUCAGACGAUUAGCUUGAGCCUACAAGUUGUCACCUCUGUCUGUCACUUCUGAAAUUUUUUGUUGAAAAUAAAUGGACAUGG